GGGGAAUCCCUAUCAGCGUGAAAACAACUUUUGACAGGUAUUUCGGAUACUCCAAAAAUACCCGACCUUGCGUUUUUGUGACGGUGCCAAGCAGUUUAUGGGAGAGAAAACUGUUACCUAGGAAACGCCAGCUAGAAGCAUGCAUCUGAUUGGUUAAUUUAUGGCUGAUCUUACACUAAAACUGAUAUGGUACAGGCUAGGUGAGACUUACUCAAAGAUGGCGGAGGCAGGGGCAAACAUGCAGAGCUGGUUUAGUUGGGAGGACCAUUUCUUGGAUUUUUUGUUGUUCUUUUGGAUUUCGAGUGGUCUAAUUAUAGUAGGGGUUGUUAAUUCGUUAACCUCCUUCUUUGGCCCAUUGCAACCCCGUAUUUCGUGGGAUAGAUCCAAGGAUGGUGGGUCAAGUUCCAAGGCGAUCCCCCAGGGCCCCUUGCAGCCAGAGUCAACAUUUUGGCUCAACUCAGCACUUAACUGGUUCUACCUGCACUAUGAGCAGUUUCCGGAGUUUGUCGAUGCCUGGACUACGUCACUCAAUCAACAGGCGAACAAACUUGGGGGCCCUGUACAGAUCAAGUUUGAGAAGGUGCAGUCAGGCAGCCUACCGCCAAAGUUUGCAGAAGUCACCUUUGACUCCGGACCAGAGGACAAAUAUGUGCUCACAUGUCGUGUGGACUCUCGUGACCUUUCGUUUGCCGUGUUUGCCUCUCAGCAGACUCACGAGGGUGUCAAGCUCACCAAUCUGGUCGUUACCGUGCUCAAACUGCGAGGACAGCUGAAGAUUAGGUGUUACCGUCAUGGCCCAGAUAUGAUGGCUGAGGUCGGGUUUAUUGGGCGGCCUGACAUCAAGAUUCAAGGCAAACCUGUCAACCCAUACAUGGACCCAGCUGACAUGGUGGAUGUUGGAGUUGCACAAGAAGUGGUGAGGAACACUCUGUGUCUAGCUAGCACCACCAUCAAUGUGUCCAACUGGAUUGCUGGUUCCGAGGGGAGGGAAACCAUUCCUGUCAGGCGUACGCGUUCCAAUGAGAUGGGUCGAUCUUCGGAGAAUCUGCAGGUCCACCAAGCCACUUCACGCCAGGCUCCUUCCCAGGCCCAUCAGACGGAGGUCAUAGAACCAAAGGAAGUUGCCCAGCAACAGCACAGCGCUUUCCAUGUGCCGACCCUGGCCACACCUGCCAAGACUCCCCAGCGAGUGCAGGCCCGCUCUCCCGCUGACAAGAAACUGCUGGUCAAGGUCAUCAAGGCCAGUGGACUCAAGCAGAAUGAAGGCACCAUUGACCCCUACUGCGUGAUGUACAUUGACAAGCCGGUCCAGACUGAGGUUACCAACGUCGUCAAAAACACCUUCAACCCUUUCUGGGAUGAACAGUUCUACUAUGACAUCACUCGUGACACCCAGGAGAUUCACUUUGAAGUCCUUGACAAACGCAGGCAGCCAAAUGACAACUUCCUUGGUGAAGCCGUUGUAUACUGCGAGGACCUGCAGCGUAACCCGAGCAGUCGCCAGAUAAUCCCUCUCCAAGGGCGUCUUGGUGUUGGCGAGUUCGUUUCCGGAUCCAUUACAGUAGAGUUCCUGUUAUCUGACCCCUCCGCCACGAACAUGUCCAGCCCACAGAGAACAGUUGAGACCAGCAAGGCCUUGACCCCUGGGGGCACCAUGGUAACCAGUACCGUGACAACCACAAAACGCCCACAGAACUAUGAAACUAAUGUGGAUGGUUCCCCAAGCUAUGUAGAAACAAGAACGUUCGAUUACAGCUCUUCAAAUCCAGACUUAGGAACCUCAGAAGUUGUUCAUAUUAAUGGCGUAGAAUCCGUGGCAGAAACAGCCAUUCGGGCUUUGUCUGAGAGAUCAAAAAUGGGCAAAAAGACGCCAACUAAAACAUCCACAUUAAUAAUAACUGGUGUUAAAAGGGAACCAGUCAUUCCCAAAAUCAAGACAACAGAGAGCCCAGCUGUAGAUGAGGUGAUGGGACAGUCCACCACCCUCCCCAACAACAUGUCGCAACUAGAGUCACCAGAAAUAUCAUACCCUCCUCAGACUAAAGAGAGGAAAUCGUUUGCAGCGAGAAUAAAGAAGCGAUUUUCCCGUUCCAAGAAGCGCUCUCUGAGUGCAGAUCGGGCUUCUAGCUCUCUACGCGAGGGCUCUAAUUUUCUACAGCCCCCAGGACCCCACUCUAAAGAUGAUAUCGACCUACAUCGAGUAAAAAAGGAGCAAGAACAGUCUACAAAUCUCAAGAAAUCUCGCUCCCUAGGUGGUAGCUUGAAAAAGUUGUUCCGUCGUAGUCGUAAACGUUCAGUCGGGCGUGGAGACCAGUCCCGGGAAAGUUCUUUGUCUCGCCAGUCUCGUCAACAGUCACAGGGCCCGUCUCGUGAGGGGUCGUUAACUAGGUCACAUAACACUAGUCAGCAUGACACUGUGAUUUUAUGAGAGUCAUAAAUAAAAUUGUUAUAAUGCCUUAGUACAUUUUGGAAAAAAACAAAAACAUAUUAUUAUGUGCAUUUAUUGAUCGAGUACAUGUAUAAUGUCAAUCUCCACGCAGUGGCUACUUCCCGCUGUUGUACACAUAUUACAUGACUAAAAUGAGAAAGAAUGCAUUCAAUUCUUGAAAAAAUGGUUAUAGAUAUAUAGCUAUUAACUUUGAAAUAUCAAACAUUCAUUUAUUAUUAAAAGAUUAAACAAACAAAAAAUGGCAAGUUAAAGUUAAAUAAUAUCUUAAAUGGUGAAUAGCGGGAGAUCACUGCGUCAGAGAUUAGCAUCAUGACAUUACUCUAUUAUGCACAUUAACUAGAUGAGAUAUAGCUCAUUUGUCAAGUGGUCAUUUUGAAUGGUAUUGAGUUUACAUGUUUUUGCAUAAUCUGUAUGUCGAAUAAUCAUAAAAAGGUGGCUAGCUGAUAUACAACCAGACAUAAAUAUCAAGACUGUAAAGGUCUUGUAAAAAGAGUAAUAGAAGUAUUAACAGUCUCAAAACCUACUUAUAGCAGGUCAAAUACAUCAGAAGAAACCAUGCAUAAUCCACUGAGUGUUUGGGAUUAUUUCAUGAAGAUUUUAAACUAUAGAUAUGAGGAAGGGUGAAAGGUGUUUUAGAUUAUUUUCCUGCGUGUCAGUUUACGACUCAGCAUCACUUUACGGGCUACAGGUCCACUCUUAAACAUAAAAAAUAUUGAAAUAAUGAUUUGCAAGAAAAAUCACAUCAGCCAGUAUGGUAGGUAGCCUAAAAACAAACCAAAGAUCAUAUAAUUUAGCUUUAAUUUUUUGAAAACAAACAUAAAAAUGUAUGUAUUGUUUUUGUUGUCUUUUCAACUCAUAACUAUUAAACUAUUUUCCAGACAUAAAGAUCUUUGAAAAUUGACUUGUAAUUCCUGCCAAAUGAGAAAUUAGAGAAUCAGAGGGUUUAAACAGUUGACCCCGUUUUCUGACAACCAUGUUUCAUGAGUAAUUUACUGAAUUUCAAAGAACAUGUAAAAAUAUGUGCACCUUGGAACAGUAUGUGAUAUUAUAGAGAACAAACAAUUUCCUUGCCAUAAAACUCCUCAAGUAUUGUUUCAUAAUAAUGUAUUAAAUUCUCAUUUUACGGUGCAAAGUUAAUAUAUUUGCAAAGCAUAAAGUGUUCAUUCACCAUGGAACAAUUCACCUGAAUGUUUUAUAUUAUUCUUUUGCUGCCAUGAACAGACUUUGUACAUAUUACAUCAUGUAGAAUUUAUUUAUUUUCAUGUUGUUAAGACAUUGUUUUCCAAAACUUUGUGUUUGUAAUUGAGUUUAUAAGUCUUGUUUGUAAGGAGAUGAAAUAUUGUACUCUAUUAUAGAGUGAGAUUAACCUAAUUUAAUCAUAAAAACAUGGAUGUUUUCAAUGUAAAUCUUUAUAAUGUAGAUAUAGUAAAUGAACUAGAGUUUGUUUUAAAUGAUUGUCUUUGUCUCUUGACAAAUGUUGCGCUUUUGUAAUUUUGGCCUAUUUGAUAUCCUUAUCUACUUGAAAACGUGUACCUCUGAUGGUGUAGAUACUGCUGCUGUUGUGUGCUAGAGAUUGAAUGAUGGGUGAAUGUAAUACUUUGCAGUUUCAAGACUCUUAGUUUAUGCAGAGCAAUGUCCUCAUUUGUAUGCACCACCUAUUGAAGAAGAACAAAUGCAUUGUUAUUGUAUUGACUGUGUAAGCACAUCAGAUAACAACAAUUACACCAUUAUACAAUUCUAUUAGUGAAAGUUAAAUCUUUUAUGAAAUAUCUGCAAUUUGUUUAAAGUAUAUUCAUCAAAUAACUUUGUUGAGAAAAUAUCAUUCAAGACUCAAUUGUAUAUUGUAUUUCAAUUUAUUUUAUCAUAAUGACUGAUUGCUUGAAUCUGCUUACUGCUUGGAAAUGUGUGUGGGAAUAUGUGUGGAAAUAUGUGUUGAAAUAUCUAUACAUGUGUGGAAAUAUGUGUAGAAAUAUGUAUACAUGUGUGGAAAUAUGUGUGAAAUAUGUAGACAUGUGUUGAAAGGUGUGGAAAUAUAUGGACAUGUUUGGAAAUAUUUGUUUCAUAAUGAGCAUGAAAUACAUGAUUUAAGGAGAGAAUGUCUUAACUACCUCUGUGCAAUACUUUAGAUGUUCUUGUCAUGCUUUUGGUGAGUUAGCAAUGAAUGUUAUGGAAAUUGGUUAUGUAUGUUCUGGAAAGUGGAAAUUAAUAUUUCAAACUUUGUUAUGGAAAUUGGAAAUGAAUGUCCCCUACCUUGUUAUGGAAAUUGGUUAUGUAUGUUCUGGAAAGUGGCAAUUAAUGUUUCAAACUUUGUUAUCGAAAUUGGCAAUGAAUGUCCACUGCCUUGUAUUGGAACUUUGUAAUGUAUGUUCUGGAACUUGGCAAUUAAUGUUUUUAAAUUUUGUUAUGGAAAUUGGCAAUGCGUGUCCUCUACCUUGUUAUGGAAAUUGGCAAUGGAUGUUUCCUACUGUGUUAUGGGAAUUGGCAAUGGAUGUUUCCUACUGUGUUAUGGGAAUUGGCAAUUAAUUGUUCCAUACCUUGUUAAAGAAAAUGCAAUGAAUUUUUUCCUUCAUUUGUUAUGGAAAUUGGCAAUGGUUGUUCCCUAAUUUGUUUUGAAUAGUGGCUAUGAUUGUUCCUUGCAUUGUUGCGAAAAUUGUCAGUGAUUAUUUCCUUUUUUGUUAUCGAAGUUUGAAAUGUGUGUUAGUGAAUGAGGCAAAGAAGGCUAUUGCCAAAAGGCAAUGGUUCAUCAGAAAAGAAGCUAUUGUUCUCUGAUGUGUUGUGCCAAUAUACAACAAAUUGAUUGUUCGGGGUUUCUUGUUGGAUGGAUUUUCCCUGCUAGUUUGGCAUUAAAUGUUCCUCUGUUUCGUUUGUUAGAGGCAAUAUAUAUGCAGGCAAGGACAAAUCUCUCCUGUCGUUUUGUUAAUUUGAUUUUUGAUUAAAGAUGAAGUUGCAGGUUGUUGUUGUUUUUUGAGUCUGAUUAUCAUAGAUAGAGGGAUGGUUGUGAAGUUGUUCAACUUAAGUCUGUCUCUUUCAGUGUUUCAUAUUAGUUUAUAUUUUUGUUGUAUUUGGUGUUAUUUAUUUAAAAAUGCCAAACAUCUUUUUUUGUAUGUCCUCUAAUUGUAUUUGAUAAUUUUAUUGUGUAUAAUGCCAUGUAUGGCGGAGUUAUGGCACUUUUGUCAAUGUUACCCUUGUUAUGAUAUUUUCCUUUUAGUAUCGCUUUUGUUAUUAAGUAGUUUUUAGGUGUUUUACUGAUCUUCAAGAUUGUUCAUUUAAUCUUUUGUGAGAACAGGAAAGUCCUAUGAAGAAUUGUAUGAGUGUUUAUAACAUAUCUUGAAGAAUUAUCUCAUAAGAUCUUCUGUUUUGUACGUUAUGUAAGAUAUUUAUUUGGAGUUUGUACAGAGUUCAGAUGAGUUUUCAGUAAAUUUUUGAAAGAUAUUUGAAAUGAUUUAGAAAGAAUUGCAAAGUUUAUGUUUUAUCAUCUAUUUAUAGGACUGCAUGUGUUGGAUAAAAUGAAUGAGAAAGAGGAAAAUGAGAUUACAAUGCAUUAGAACAAUUCACUAGCAUGACAUUGAAUAAAAUUGUUGUUUAACAAACAAUUUC